AAAUCCUCAUCCUCAUCAGGACCAACGAUCUCUUCCUUGCUUCCAUCACCUUCCCUUUUCCACGUUCUCUUCUCCAGCUCAGUGCCGGUCACCCUUCUUUUCUUGACUGUGUCAUCUUUGCUGUGCAAUACCUUCAUUCCCUUACUUUCACUUCAAGUUUUCUGGAAACCCGAAAGAAAAAUCAUGCGUUUCUCUCUGACUACUUUCGCGGCUGCGGCUCUGAUCGCUUCCGUCUCCGCGGCACCUGCUCCUGCUCCAGCUAAACCGACGGAACUUACGGCUCGAGGUCCUGCUCCUACACGCGCCCAUGGCCAUCGUGGUGGCCACCGCGGCAAACACGGCGGGGGACAACGCAACGGCACCGAGUCCACCGGCCCUGGCUCUGAUUCCAUCGGCUCUGGUAUGGGGAUGGGUGGUGGUCCAGGACGAGGUGGCCAACGCAAUGGCGGCGACCCUGGAUACUUCCCUGGCGGUGGCGCUGCUCCCACUGGCGGCUUCCCGGGCUUCGGCGGUCAGCCAUCCGACCCUCAGAUGACGGGUGUUCCUACGUAUACCCCUGGUAGCGACUAUGAGCGUAGAUCUGUGGAGUCUGAGCCUGUUGUUACAAAGCGUCAAUCUUUCAAUUGGGUUUGGAAAGCCAGGGCCGAGGACUCAUCUGACUCUAAGGACGAUACCUCCGACGCGAAGGACGACAAGAAAGACAAAUCAAAAGGCUCUUCUGGCACCUCUGACAGCAGCGAAGAUUCUUCCAGCGACAAAGACAAGUCUUCCGGUGACGCAAGUGAAAGUACUGGAGACAGCACCGAGGAUGCGGCUGGCGACUCUGGCUCAAGCUCUGGCGGAGAUGGUGGUUCAAGUUCGGGAUCAGGUUCGGGCUCCAGCAGCGACAGCAGCAAGGGCAGUGGCAAGGGCAGCGGAUCAUCCGCAGGUGGAGAGUCAUCUUCGGGCGGCGAAUCUUCCUCAGGAAGCGACUCGUCCUCAGGCGGAGGUUCGUCCUCGGGUGGAGGAUCUUCCUCCGGCUCGGGAAGUCAAACUGGAUCAGGCUCUGGAUCAGGCAACUCCACUAUGCCCAGCUCGGGUGGUAGUGCAGCAAGCGGGACCAUGCCCGCAGCAGCUGGCGAGACUACCCUCUCCAAAACCAUGAUGGUUACCGGCGAAUUUGAUGGCGGCAUGAAACGUUUCGGCCGUGGCGUAUCCUGCACGGGUCAAGCAGAAGGAGGAGACAGCGACGCCGUCUUCUCUAUUGCAAACGGAGGCACUCUCCGGAACGUCAUCAUCGGAGCCGAUCAGAUCGAAGGAGUACACUGCCAAGGCGCCUGCACCAUCGAGAACGUCUGGUGGGAGGACGUUUGUGAAGACGCUCUCACCUUCAAGAAGGACGGCGAUGGCACAGUCACCGGCGGCGGAGCCAUGGGCGCAUCCGACAAAGUCAUUCAACACAACGGCGUGGGUACUAUUUCAAUCUCUGGCUUCACAGUCUCGGACUUCGGCAAGCUCUACCGAUCAUGUGGAAACUGCGACAAGAUGGGUGAACGCCACGUCAAGAUCGACAAAGUCAAGGCUACAGGUGGAAAAGCAACUUUCGUUGGUAUCAACUCCAACUACGGCGAUACUGCUACUAUUACCAACUCCUGCAUCACGAACACAAAGGCCAUUUGCGAGGAGUUCGAGGGUAACGAUACUGGUGCUGAGCCUAAGCAGAUCAGCGAGGGACCUAGCUCGGCUUGUAUCUACACACCUGCUGAUAUCGCUGCCUGUUGAUUGGAUUCGAUGGGAUAGGUGGGAAUGUGGGAUUUGGGACCUUUAAGAGCACGUGGGUGCUUGGAAUGCCCUGGGAUUUGCUGGGACUUACACUCAUUUCACUACCUUUCUUUCUGUACAUACCCUCUUUUUAUACGAACCAAGUACAGAGAUCAUCUUCUAUCA